UCCUGAUCCAUCCAACACCUCCUAAAACUCCCCUUCGCUUCAUAGCCUCAGAGAAAACUAAGGAAGAAGAGAUGGAAGAAGAAACAGCUGACGACAAAGACAGACGAUACAAAGGUCAAUAACAAAACAUUGUACAUAUUGUGUUGAUGAGCACUAUAUUUAAAACCUGCGUUCGUAAGUAAAUAUUUCAGUCGAAGAGAGCUCCUUUUACUUGUGACCGUGUUGUCCCGUUUUUGUUCAUCAUGGAUACUAUUUAUCCUGUAUUUUAUGCAAUGACAAGGGGACUACGAGACAGUCUACAAGGAGCGACUGUUCUCCUAACUCUUGACAAAAAUAUUCAGGAGCGUGAAGACCAGAUAAGAAGAAAUACUCCUCGAAGGCACAGAGAUUCGCACCAACCAAGUGUUAUGAAAAGAAUAAUGCAGUGCUGUGGUCUGAAUGGGGGACUAUUCUGGCUAAGCAUGUUUUUAUUUGAGUAUGGAUUAUUACCAACCCUUAGCAUGCUGCUCACAUUUUUGUUUGGAUACGAGUCCGGAACACGACAGCUUGUUUGGUCGUGGCUGCAGCCUGCAUUGUCCUGUACAUUUGGUGCAAUAUGGGUUAUACCCUUGUUUUUUUUAAGUAAAUUCAUCAAUAAUCUGUGGUUUCAGGAUAUUGCCAAUUCAGCAUAUCGAUAUAGCCGUGGAAGACCUGUGAUGCUGAGUAAUUUUAGCAAAUUAAUAGCUGACUUUUUAUUUAGUAUACUUGUGCAAACAUUAUUUCUGAUUCAGAGCUAUCUUGUCAGCCUUUUACCACUAGCAGGCUUGGGAAAAGCAUUUGCUUUACUUCAUACAUGCCUUCUGUAUUCAUUGUAUUCAUUUGAGUACAAGUGGAUCAACAUGGGCUGGGAGCUACAUCACCGCUUGACAUUCAUAGAAUGUAACUGGCCAUACUUUGUUGGAUUUGGCUUACCACUAGCAAUUCUUACUGCCUUACCUAGCUCAUAUUUUGUGAGUGGCUGUGUCUUUUCUAUUCUAUUCCCUCUCUUCCUAAUAAGCGGAAAUGAAGCGUCACCUGAGACAGGGGCAUGCACUUUUCCUCUACAGUUGUUCUCUCCUGUAAUAGCAAUAUCAAAUGCCAUUUUUAAUAGGUCGAUUGGCUCUGCAAGUUCAAGACGAUGACAACUCCCCCCAUUUUGGAAAUGGUGGUUCAGUAAAAUAUUCUUGUGGGAAAUAGGUGCUGGUUGUUUUGUGCUACUCCCUUAAAUAUUUGGUGAACAAGGCUUGUGCAUUUGCAUAAAUGAGUGUGUUGUUAUAUCCUGACUCUUUUAAGACUCAGUUUUGUGUUAUUUUCCAUGGUGCUAUUAGUAACCCAUCAUAGUGCCUAACCUGUCAGAAAUAAGUAAUUAGCCUGUGUCUUGAUUGUUUUGCCAAUUUUUCAAUUUCUUUCUUUGUGCAAUAGUUUACACUCUCAGAAAAUAUGUUUGGGACAUGCUACAGAUUAUUGUUUUCUACUGCCAUCGGCAGUUCUUUUUAUCAAUGAAAAUUGUUCUAUUUAACCUUUCUGAAAAGAAUAUUUUGUUGCAUAAGUGCCUUAUAUAUAAGGUUGUAUCAAAUAAUUCCAAUCAAGCUAUUGGGGGCGUACAACUAAGCUCUCUGUCUUUUUUUAGAAAAUUUAUAUUUUUUUAUUAAUUUGGAUAUGAUAUUUGUCGUGUUUAAUACCGAUAAUCUUAUUUCACCUACUGUUUAAGAACAGAAAAUUUUAGGACUAUCAAGUUCCACCCUCAAGGUGGAUUUCUUUUAUGUAAACCCGAAGUAGAACCAUGCUUAAGUUGAAGACACAUCCUAACUCUCCUUCUCAGCAGUUGACAGCUGGGUGUAUGGAUUCAGUUUAAGCUUGAUUCAACUUCAGAAUCACAAGACUAAAUCCCUCUUUCUGCUUCAUAUCAGUUUUAAUUCAGGAAUGCUUAAAGUUUUGGUUGAAAGGUGAUUUCAAGUUUUAGAUACAACAAAUCAAAAUAUUUACUGUACUAGAGGGAACUGGUGAACUACACCAGGAUCGGACAAGUAUUUUCUAAGUCAAUAAGGAGCUUAAAUAUAAGAUAAGUAACAUGGAUAACAAAGCAUCUGGCUGUGAUUGAUUUAAGCUCUCAACUGGAUGUACUUUUUUAUCUCCUAUGGAUUGUUUGAUGUGGAUCUUAAUAAACACAACUUACUUUUGCUAA